CGGUCACCCCAUGUCCCGAGCUCCUGUCUCCUGACCUACCGCUACCGCCGCCAGGCACAGCCGCACGACGGGGCACGGCGCACGCACGCCUGGCCAGACGCCGCUCCACCCCCGCGGGCCGCGGCUCCCCGCUCCCCGCUCCCGUGCUCCGGCGCCGCCUCGCGCCCCCCGGCCGCCCGCCGCCUCCAGAUCCCUCGUCCCUCCACGGCUCCACCCGGGCGGCGCACCAGUGCCGGUGCACAGACUGCCGCGGCGCCGUCCCGCCAGGCGCCCGCCCCCCCUCGGCCCCUCCCCGGCUCCCCCCUCCCCACCAGGACUGCCUGCUGCCCCCGGCCGGCCGGCCCCCACCGCGACUCCGCGAGUCCCAAUCGGCGAGCGGCGGUGAGCGGUCGGUGGGAGGGGCCGAGGGGGAGGCCUUGGCUGGCGGGAGGGAGGAAGCCGUGGCCGCGCCGCCGCAGCAGGCCAGGCGCGCCGGCCAGGGCAGAGGCGCCAGGCGCCCAGGCCAGCAGGUAGCAGGCCAGCCGCGAGGGCCGAGGGGGCAGGGGCUGAGGGGCGGCCGGCCGGCGGCGGCAGGCCAGCGGGCAGCAGGUCCAGGGCGCCACCGCGCCAGGCAUUCAGCGGCGGCUAGCAGCAUUUAGCAUCAAGAGGAAUACCCAACUCUAGAAUCCUGGCUCUGCCACUGCCACACUGCCGCUUCGCCCUCAGCGCGCCUGCCCGCAACCUCCCGAGCGUACCCCGCCAUGCGUGCCGAGGCCACCCAGAUCAGUGCCUUCACCACGGCAGCAGCGCAUGCGCUCUGCUUCGCUGGGCUCGCUGUCGCCCAUUCACUCGCUGGCCGCGGCAUUCUUGUCUCUGACCCUGCGCUCGCCCUCCGCCUCCUCGUGGUAUGUGAAGCGCCUGUUGUCAUCGCAGUGUUUAGCUACCUCCGGCGUGACCCCAGAAGCUGCUCGUUUUUCAAGGCUGCUGCGAGAGGAUUGAUUGGCUUGCCCGUUGGAGCAUUUCUUAAUGCAUUUGGAGCCAUAGUUCUUGGUGCACCUGUUGGAAUCAAAUACUGGACGGUUACUAUUUAUUGGUCACUUCUCAUGUCCCUUUUCACGUUUGUUCCUGCAGCAUGUGUCUUUGGAACAUCCAAGAUUGAUUGGCAGAAUGUGCUUUCUCACUCCAUGUAUGUUCUUGACUAUUAUUUCACGCCAACUGAUAUUGAGAAUUACAUGAUCUCUGCACCUUGUCAUGGAGCUGUGCUAGGUGCAUGGCUCGGUGCUUGGCCUAUGCCCCUCGACUGGGAGAGACCUUGGCAGGAAUGGCCAAUCUGUGUCACUUAUGGUGCAGUUGCUGGGCAUUUGGUUGGAAUGGUGGUGUCAUGGGUCUUAAUAGCUGUUCACAAGAGAAGCGGUCGUGCAAAAGCUGAUUAGAUGAUGAGUGCUGCCGUGCUUUCUUUUUUCCUCUCUUUUCCUGGUUAGACACGACUUAUCCAGAUUCCUGUAGUGUACAACUGUUCUUCCCACAAAGAUUUUUUUUUAAUUAGCUUUCUUGUUAUAGUGUGAGUACCGAUGGCUUUCAAUAGCUUCAUCCAAGUUCACAUUGUUAGCUCCUUCAGCUAGCCUUUUUUGCUGAUGUACAUUAUUUUCUUGAAUGUAAUGAUAAGGAUGCUGUUUAGCUUUUUCUAUAGAGAAGAGGGAAAAUGUUGUGAA